AUUCCACAAAUAAUACCUAUUAAUUGACUAAUUUCAUUUAUUUUUUUUAUUAUUACUUUUAUUAUUUUUAAUAUUAUAAAUUAUUAUAUUUUUAAUAUCAAAAAUAAUAAAAAUAAUAGUAAAAAAAAAAAUAUUAUUAAUAAUUUAAUCUGAAAAUGAUAA